AUGCUACACUUCGAGGGUAGCAGCUUGCUUCGACACCAUAUUGUGUGUAGCAUCCUCUCAAAGCGCCCGGUGCGCAUCACCAACAUCCACGAUGGCGAGGACCCAGUAGGCAUUCAGGCACAUGAAGCAAACUUCCUCAAGUUCAUCGACCGCGUCACAAGUGGUUCCUCCCUGCGGUGCGCCGACAACAAUACCACGUUGCAGUUCACACCUGGCAUGAUCUUAGGUGGGUCCUUCUCGCACGAGGUGCCCUCGCAGCGAUGCGUGACGUACGUUAUCGAGGCGGCGCUGCUGCUGCUUCCGUUUGCGAAGUUCGACUCGCGCAUCACUUUUGUAGGCGCCACACAAGGCGAGCUCGACCUCUCAGUGGAUACGGUGCGCACUGUCACCCUGAGGUGGGUACAGCUCUUUGGAGUGCAGGGUAGUCUGCGGAUCAUCCGCCGCGGCGCCGCGCCAGGUGGUGGUGGUGCGGUAGAGCUAGACAUCAAGGCCAUUCGACGCCUCACUAGCGCUACAGCGAAGGAGCGCGGGCGAGUGCGCCGCAUUCGCGGCAUUGCCUUCGCCUCUCGGGCUGCAGCCGAUCUGCCACAGCGAACCGCUACUGCAGCCAAAGGAGAACUGCUCAACUUGCUGCCAGAUGUGUACGUGGUGACCGAUGUCGACAACAGUAAAGCCAACCGGAACGACCGCGUGAGCGGCUAUGGUGUUGUACUGGUCGCCGAGACAACGAGCAAGCUGUGCGUCAUCUCCCAAGAGUCGGUCGCCAUGCCGCAGGAAUCACCGGAGGACGUUGGCAAGCGGGCGGCACACCUUUUGCUCGACCAGAUUUACGAGGGAGGCUGCGUCGACGCGCACCAUCAGAUGCUGGUGCUGCUGUUGAUGGCGCUCAGCCCAGACGAGGUAUCAACCGUUCGCUUUGGCCAGCUGAGCGUGAGUGGUGUGUCGGCUCUGCUUCUGAUGGACUCGUAUUUUGGGGUGUCGUGCGCUGUCAAGUCGGACCCGUCCUUUGUGGGGCCGAAUUUACCCCCCACAACAUUAGUGACCUGCCUCGGAAGCAAUGCCGUAAAUACGUGGAAAAAGUCAAGCUAA